CUCAAUCAUCUGACAUCCCCGGCUUCUUAUUUCUCCUCCUGCUGUCCAUUCAGUAUCCUGAUCUCAGACCUCAAGUAAAUGUUCAACAUCACUGCAUCUUCCGAAGCUACCACAGAGUCUCCUGGUCCGUUUCGCAUCAUGAGUUCUGGUGUCCAGCAGUCGGAUGAAAAGUCAACCCGCUCUAUAGAUGGAAGUAUUAGUGACAGUUUUGUAAUGAAUGCUGAGUCGCAAGGGCCUCCACCAUUAAGGAAUUACAUUUUUCUGACUAUAUUCACCUGCUUUUGCCCUGCGUGGCCUAUCAACAUUGUGGCAUUGGUUUUUUCGUUGAUGUCUCAAAGCAGUUAUGAUACCGAAGACUAUGAAGGAGCUCAGCGGCUGGGGAGGAAGGCUCUUCACAUGGGAAUUGCCUCUCUACUUAUUGGCCUGCUGAUCAUUAUGGUCUUCAUCAUUGUACACUUUACAACGCACACAAUUUGAUGGUGAAAAUAGAAAACAAUCUGAUGUUGAUCUGUUCCAGUGCAAACAGGAGGACACUGUGAUCUCACACCAGAAUGUGGUUUCGUAGUGGCGGCA